GAGAGAGAGAUAAUGGAGGAUAAUGGAGGAUGAGAGGACGAUUAGCAUCUCUGAGCCAAUGGCCAUGAAUGGAGGGAAUGGACCUUAUAGCUACGCCCAGAACUCCUCGUAUCAGAAAGGAGUCGCUGUAGCCGCCAUGGGUAUGAUCAAGGAAGCUUUACCUGCAACCCUCGAUCUCAAUCACCUCUCUUCAUCCUCUCCAGACCCCAUCAUCAGAAUAGCAGACUUUGGUUGCUCCACAGGACUCACGUCCAUUCAAGCCAUUGAAACCAUAAUACAAUGCCUCUUAGACCUCAUCAAACCCAUCAAACAUUCGCCAUUUCGUACCCUCGAGUUCCAAGCCAUCUUUAACGACCUCCCCACCAAUGACUUCAAUACGCUUUUCGCCAACCUCCCCAAGAAGCGGCGGUACUACGCCAUGGUGGUCCCAGGGUCGUUCUAUGGGCGUCUCCUCCCGACUGCGUCCAUACACUUGGCAUGCUCAUCCUUUGCGCUCCACUGGCUGUCCCGUGUUCCGCAAGAGAUAUUGGACAAGUCUUCCUGUGCUUGGAAUGGAGAGAGAAUUCACUACGAGAGCUCGCCUGCGGAGGUGGUAGGGGCUUACGCUGCUCAGUUCGAGAGAGACAUGGAGGCGUUUCUCAGCGCAAGAGCGGAGGAGAUGGUCAGUGGAGGAUUGGUAUUCAUGGUUGUGCCAGGUGCGCCGGAUUUGGUUCGUGAAUCUCAGGCCACCUUAGGGUCGGAGAUUGAGCUGCUGGGGUCUUGCCUCGUGGACAUGGCGAAUACGGGGAUCAUAAGCAAAGCCAAAGUAGAGAGCUUCAACUUGCCAAUAUAUUUCCCAUCAGAAAAGGAGCUGAAGCAAGUGAUCGAUCGAAACAGAUUCUUCGACAUUGAGAGGAUUCAGACCCUGAACCACCCCAAAAUGCACGUUGCUUUUUCCACCCUCGAAUCGCGCUCUCUCUACUUAAGAGCAGCAUUCGAGGGAUUAUUGCUCCAUCAUUUCGGCGAUGAACUGAUCAUCGAUGACUUGUUCCACCGGUACUCGUUGAAAGUGGCGCAAUCUCCCUUUUUCCUGAAGCCAGAAAACCAUGAAUCCAUCACAUUCUUUAUGGUCCUUAAGCGUAAAAAGUCUGAAGAGAACAUGCAGUGAUUCAACUGGCACAUACCGACCGUUGUUUCUGGAAGAGAGAAUUGACUAGGAGCAGAAAUCUGAGUUCAAAUGAACGACGCCGUUAACUAGAUAUCCCCAACUCGAACAAGUUUGUGCUCCAUUCUCCAUGUAGUGUGCUUCUUUUUUAUUGGAGUGAAUAUAACUAAUGACCAUACCGUACUGUCAUGGUUAUUUGUUAAACCUACAUAGAUUCGAAUUUGCUUGCUCUAUUAUAAAGAAUACGUUA